AUGCCGCAUCUAAAACUUAGAGAUGGAGCCGAGCUCUUCUACAAGGACUGGGGCAACCCCGAAGGCGCUAUUGUCACCUUCUCUCACGGUUGGCCACUGAGCAGUGACAAUUGGGAAAGCCAAAUGGUUUAUCUAGCCGACCACGGCUACCGUGUCAUCGCGCACGAUCGGCGUGGACAUGGACGAUCUACUCAGACCUGUCAUGGUUGGCCAUUCCCAUGGAGGGGGGAGGCCACCCAUUACCUUGGAAAGCACGGCACAAGUCGUUUUAAGAAAGCCGUUCUUGUCGGCGCUGUGCCUCCGCAGAUGGUGAAGACCAGUGCCAAUCCUGAGGGAACUGAUAAGUCAGUUUUCGAUUCGUUCCGAGAGGCAAUGCGUAAAGACCGUGCGCAGUUCUUCUUGGAUGUCCCCAGCGGACCAUUCUUUGGUUUCAACCGACCUGGUGUUCAGAAAAGCGAAGGGCAGAUUCGGAGCUGGUGGCAGCAGGGGAUGAAUACCAGUUUCAAAUCAGCGUAUGACUCAAUCAAAGACUUCUCUGAGACCGAUUUCUCGGAGGAUCUGAAAAAGAUAAACAUUCCUGUACUGGUCCUCCAUGGGGAUGAUGAUCAAGUUGUUCCCAUUGAGGCAGCUGGACUGAAGUCGGCAAAACUUCUGCCUCAAGGCAAGCUGAAGAUUUACAAGGGCGGAUCACAUGCGAUUCACAAUAUCAAUGUUGAUGAAGUCAACAAAGAUUUAUUUGACUUUAUUAAGUCGUGA